UACAGAUAUCACUAUAAAUGGUUCGUCCUACAGGGGGCACUUGAUGGCUCACAAAGCAGGAUACCCGGUACUCCAGUGAGGCUCGUUCAGAUCUCAAGUGUUGUUUCUUGUUUGUCUUGUUAGAGAAAUUUCUACACUGAAGUAUAAUAAUUGAAUUCAAUUUAUUCCAAGUAAUAUUGUCUGACCCCCUCAUGAUUCCCGCAAACGUAAUUCUCUCUCCCUUUGUGUGUGUUUAAACUCUCCUUUUGUGUGUGUUUAAAUAAUCCCAAUCUAGUAAACGGUCAUCGGUAAGAAAAGUAACAACUAUCAUGUGACAAAGCCGUGCACGUGUUGCUUCAGCAUUUACUUGGACAAUAAUUUUGUCAGUUAUAAUUUUCUAAAUAUUGACUUGAAUUAACAAUACUGAGGAAAUGUGUUUAUUAGAAGAUAGAAUAACUGAAAAUGGAUCCAUCUGACGAAAUGGAGACAAAAGUCUUGCUGCUAAGCCCCUCCCAUUUAAGAUAUCCUUAUUUUAUCAAGCGAUUUCUACUCGUUCUAUUUCUAUUAGGUAUAGGAAGGCAGUCAGACCAUUUCAAGCUGCAAAUUACUCAUUGUAAACUUAAUUAACCAGUGCUAAGAAGAAUAUUUUCUACUGUUUAUAAAACGUUUUUUAGUCAAACGCUGGAAGACGUAAAUCUCGAGUCAAUCGUUUCAGGUUGCUUAGUUUAUCCUAAAAAUCCUAGAGAUUGUACGAGACAGAAAUGUGGGUGAUCUAACGUUAGUGUUAUUCGUGUAUACACCACAUUCAUUUUCUUAGAUAGAGGGCUGAUUCGUUGUCUUAUGUAAAGUCUUAUAAUAACUGCUAAGCAAUGGCUGGAACAGUAAGUCUAGAGCUAGACCCCAUCUUUCUGAAGGGACUGGGGUACCUUCACUCCAAGAGCAAAGACUCAGCAGAGAAACUUAAGACCCUGCUGGAUGAGUCUUUAGCCAGGGGCAGUGACUCCAUCUAUAGGACAUCACUGAAGGAAGCCGAAGUGAGCAAAGUGUCAUUACCAAAAAUGACCAAACCAGACUCCAAAUCCUCCUCCAGUUCAUCGUCAUCGUCAUCCAUCACCAGCAGCAGCAGCAGCAGCAGUAAAUCAAGCAGCUCAGAGAAGACCAAAAAGGAGAGCGAGAAAAGAUCUUUGGAAAAGAUUAGGGUUGAUCCUGGAGAAGGAGCAGAGCCACCUAAAAAACCUCGUGUGGAAAAGCAGGACAGUCAUCCCGCUCCGAUUGCUUUUCAGACCAAGGACAUUCCCAUCCCAGAUUUCACAGACAUAGAUGAAACCAACGCUGAUGACUUUGCCAUGGAAAUGGGUCUUGCUUGUGUUGUUUGUCGGCAAAUGACAGUCACUUCUGGCAAUCAGCUAGUGGAGUGUCAAGAGUGUCAUAAUCUGUAUCAUCAGGAAUGUCACAAACCUCAAGUUACUGACAAGGAUGUCAAUGACCCACGGCUAGUGUGGUACUGUGCUCGAUGCACCCGGCAAAUGAAACGAAUGGCCCAAAAGACUCAGAAGCCUCCACAAAAACCAGCUCCUACUUUGGCAACAGCUGUACCUAUGUUGAAAGAUCCACUAGUGAAGAAAGCUGAACUAAAGCCUAAACCUGAAACAACUGGUUCAUUCCAGGCCUUUAAGAGAACAGAGGUGAAGGCGCCUGCGGCAUCAGGAAACGCCUCCUGCAGUAGCUCAUCUUUGCCCCAAGGCCUUACUGGAUGGGCUGCCUUUACCAAGACCUCGAAUGUAGGACCUUCCAGUACCAAGUUGAGCACCAGUCAGCCAAGUAGCAGUAAAUCAACCCCACCUCCCUCAGGCUCUAAACCUGUAGGUCUCUCUGCACUGGCCAAUGUUAAGCCAGGUCUAGCUAAUAAACCUUCAGCAGGCAGCGGUGGUGGAAGUGGUAAUGGGAACAAUGGCUCCAGCACUGUACCUAUGAAACCACCCCCUCCACUCACACUUGGCAAACAAGUGUUGAGCCGUUCAGCCAGUGGCGAUAGCUUGGGAAAAAUGACUGUGACUGGAUCUUUGUCACCUGGGGCGGCACCCUCUAGCAGCCUGGGAGGCAACGGUGGGUCCGGAGGCAAUGGAGGGGGCAACGGGGGCAAUAGUGUUGGCAGUAGCGGCAACAACAAUAACAGCAGCAAUGGAGCAAAAGCCUCAGCUGAUGGCAAGACGCCCACUUCUCAGGAGUCUCAGCUCAAUGCUAUGAAACGCCUGCAGAUGGUGAAAAAGAAAGCAGCGCAGAAGAAACUGAAGAAAUGAGUCAGACGAAGCCAAACUGUUAUGUUAAACAGCAAGUCAAAUCUGUUUUUUUAAAUCAUAUACUUGAAUGUUUCUGGUCUUUCUGAAGCGGUUUGGUUUGAAGAUGUGCCUCAUUCUUUCUAAACCAUUCACAUUAUUGAAAACAAGCUGCUCAUUUUAUGUGUUCAAUAAAUAA